AUGACCGUGACCUCUUCCUGCUCACGUACGGUGGAGGUGGAUUUGGAACUGUGCAUAGUCUCACUGGUUGGAGAUGUUGCGGAAGGCGUUCUUGGUGACGGCGUAAAUUCCGAUGAUCCUUGUCUGGUAGCUACCUCUCCUGUUGUUGUAGAUGAGAUUUUCGCACUUACUUCAUAUUCUGAGGAAGAUGCGCUUGGAUUUGGCGUAAGCUCUCCCUCAGUUGGACUCGAUGUGGAUCCCAAAGACAGCGUUUCCGAUGUUAUAGGAGUUACCACUGAGCUUGCUGCAGUGGUUUUCUCAGGACCGUCUGAGGUAGAUUGGAGUGGACUAUGUGUAGCACCCAUUGUUUCAAUCUCUGAUGAAGUUGUACUAAGAACUGAUGUGCUCUGCAUUCUUGAAUCCAGUGGAGGAGGCCCAGUAGACCGAGUUGUGUCAAAUAUUAGCGUUGUGGUUUCAGAGGGCAGAUGUGUUGUGUCUGUUUCUAUGGAUGCCUUAACAGAUUCAGGGGAAGUUACCGUACUUUGCUUGUCAGCGUUUGAUGGAGUAGACUCAGUAAGUCGCUCUGUGGAUGCUGUCACUCUGGGUUCUGCAGGACCUUUACUGGAACCCGAUGUGGACUCUUUCUCUUUUGAUCCCAGCGUGUGA